AUGGGGGCACUAUCGUCUGGCCGUGACGAUGAAAAUGAUGUCGCACCUGAAGACAAGGAGGCCGCUUCGUCCCAGCUCGAGGUGAACAAGUCUCUGCUGAGGGGUCCGUGUCCGCCUGGCCGUCCCUGCCUGAAUGUCCGGCCUGGCCGUCCCUGCCAAGAGUUGAACAAGUCUCUUCUUUUCCAGCCACCGGGGGAUUUGGAUGUUAUGGGGGAAGAUAAGAUGAAGAUAUGGCAGCAGAAGGAGCAGGUACCGGAGGAGCAGUCCCAGACCCUCUGGGGCGGCCUUUGGAACCGACUAGUAUAUGAAUGGACAAAAUAUGCACAACUGGUGCAGCACCAGCGCUGCAUGCUUCGCGAAACCAGCUAAGUAGUAGGGAAAGCCCAAGAAUAAAGCGGCUUGCAUUUAUUUUUGCACAAUAUGUACUACCACGAAAGCUGCUGCAAAAUCAAGCCAAAGAAGCAGAUGCGCGCUGCAAAAGCUUCAAGUUUUGGCUAUGGCUUGAAUUUGAAAGCUUUAAGCUUUGCAUUGCAUGCGUUGCAGAUGAUGCGCCGCGAAUUAGUCUGUUUUCCGGAUAAUUUAGCCGUUUUCGCGAAUCUCGCAGAGCUGUUGCGAUUAGUUGCGCUAUUGUGUCCAUUCAUAGGCGUUCGAAACUGCGGCCGAAACGCGAGGCGACUGAAACUGAGUCCAUUGCUUACAGGCGAUUGACUGUGGAAGAAGCGAAGUCUUUAGUGGACAAAGUCUUCACAACAUCAAAUGAGGUAAAAGGAGGUGUAGCCGCUUUUAUCGGCAGGCAUUGGAAGAAAAAUUUAUCCGAGGUUGAUACUAGCGGCAUCCGUAAGUGGGGAACAAGUGGAGCCGUAUUUUGGGAACAAUUGGAAAGAAAUUGGUUGUUGGCAGACCUGCAGAGAAUGCCGCUGUCCCCCCAGCCCAUUGAACAGGACCAGAUAGCAAAACUGAAUGAGGAUUUUUCGACAAAUCCUGCAGAUCGAGAUAUGGGAGAUCUGCACUUUCCAAAUUUUCCAAUAAAUCUGCAGCCGUCUUCAGAACAAAAGCUGAUGCAGAUAUCCACAACAAAAAUAAAACCAUUCCCAUCCUAAAUUUGUCAUGAAAAUCAUGCGAUAAAAAAAUACAUCGUAUCCUAUGACUAUGUCUGUGAUGCAAAUAAAAAUGGAUAGCGAUGGUUUUUUUCUGCGGAUAGAUGCUGUUCGAUAAGAUCGACGAGGGCACCAAGUAUUCUGCUGAAGACAAGGCCGAGUUCAAGUUGAUUUACGGAAUGAUUUUCGCGAACAUCAAGGAGAAAGGACGUGUGUUGAGCUUGUCGCUUGUUGAGCCCGAAAAGCAAAGAUUCUUGUCCGAUCGCUCCGAUUCGAGCACGAAUACGUGUGCAUUAGUGCUGAACGUCGGCCGAAUAUUGGAUUCCGACGGUCCACAUCUUCUUCUCUCGGGUCCACAAUUCGGCAUCUCCGUGCUAACUGCUCCGCCAGAAGAAAAACCGCCAUCUACGUUGAUUCAAAAAGCACCGACACAGCAGCUAGAAGUAGAACCACUUCCACUACCAACCCCGUCAUCAGCACUGGAGAUUCCAGAAACAGGAACAGCGUCCUUCUCCACCGGCUCGACGUCGUCGAACAAUUUAGAAUCCUACGAGAACAUCAAUGAGCAGCAGUUUCAUUUCAAUAAUAAAUACACGAACGACCACAUCUUCUCCCCCAAUACCAACGCCACCGGUCAUCAUGUCCAGCACCGUGCUGCCGAUUGCAUUUUGCCGGGCCUGUCGUGUCUCGGGUUUGCUUCGCUGCUGAUUCUAUUCUACUACUACUGGCGUUCUUCCGGAGGUUCGUCCUGCGGCUGCGCCAAGCGGUGCCCAAAGUAUUGUUGUUCUUGCAUCAAACCGGUCGCGGUCGUCAAGACCAAGAUGAGAAGCGAAGAAACUGCGUUACUGUUACAAGACGUGCUCGAGGGCGGGGGAACGGAUCACGCGGAUGCUGGUCGGAGCAUGACGUUUGGCGAGGAAGCGGAUUUUGACGCGGAGCACGAACGCAUCACAUCCUCGGUCUUCGGGUGCUCGCACUACGGCGGUGGGAACUACACGAGCGGCUCGGUGUUGCCAUAGACUUAUGCAGGAGGCCCGUCUUUACGAAGAAGAUCAAGAUAUUUGUACGCCGACAGCGCACGGGAUUUCGCAGGCAAGAAAUUGUCGAAAAGAGCACAGAGGCUCCGGGCAACCGCAGCCGCUUCGGAAGGUCAUUCGCGUGGUGGUGCCGGCGGAGCGGCCAGCGCGGGGAGUUCAGGUUAUUGCGGCAAAGACAGUAAGAGUGCUGGCGCGGCGCCCCCGUCGAUAGAUUUGAUGAAAGGGCCUGAGCUACUCUGAUAAAGAUGAGAACAUCUUCUACUUUGUCCUCAACGAAAAGGAAUGAGGUGUAAAGACGACUUCUACUCUGAUUUUGGCGACAGACAAAUGUAACGAUGAAACACAAUGACACCCUCUGACUACUACACCACUGCGGUGGGCGGUGGUGCAAUACAUGAACUUUAGCUCGAUCAACAUGGCCUUCCGACGAGUUCUGUUCC